GUCAGAGCGCUGCUGGGUGUUCCGGAGAGCCCGGGAAGUGGUCGUCGUCGUCGUCUCGUUUUUCGCGGGCUCUCGAGAGCGCUUCCCCCCUGGCGGGUGGGAGUGCAGGAGGGGAAGUGCGAAGAUGAGCACCAUGUUCGCGGAUACGCUGCUCAUCGUUUUUAUCUCCGUGUGCACCGCUCUUCUGGCCGAGGGUAUAACGUGGGUCCUGGUUUACAGGACAGACAAAUACAAGAGACUCAAAGCGGAAGUGGAGAAACAGAGUAAAAAGUUGGAAAAGAAGAAGGAAACAAUAACAGAGUCAGCUGGUCGACAACAAAAAAAGAAAAUAGAGAGGCAAGAAGAGAAACUGAAAAAUAACAACAGGGACCUUUCCAUGGUCCGAAUGAAAUCCAUGUUUGCAAUUGGCUUUUGUUUUACUGCCCUAAUGGGAAUGUUCAAUUCUAUAUUUGAUGGUAGAGUGGUGGCAAAACUGCCUUUUACCCCCCUUUCCUAUAUCCAAGGACUGUCUCAUCGAAAUCUGCUGGGGGAUGACACCACAGACUGUUCCUUCAUCUUUCUGUAUAUUCUCUGUACCAUGUCAAUUCGACAGAACAUCCAGAAGAUUCUUGGUCUUGCCCCUUCACGUGCUGCCACCAAGCAGGCAGGUGGAUUUCUUGGCCCUCCACCUCCUUCUGGGAAAUUUUCUUGAAAUCAAGAAGAACCCUGUAAUACCCAUCAUUCUUUUUAAACAUUCAAAUUAGACUGGCAACUAUUUUGUAGCGGGAGCCAUAGACAGCCUUAGGGCUUGGGCCACUUUCUAGUUCUGAGUUAUUUUUAGACUUUUUGGAUAUGCUUCUAAUGAGAAUGGCACCCAACAAACAUGAUAGUACUUUCAGUCACAGAUUAAUUAAGAAAAAAUAUGUUUGUUGGUUAGAUAAGUUCAGGUGAUGUUUAUGUAAUGAGAAACAAAUAGCAUCUUUCUUGUUUGGCUUACAUGAAUAUUUUCUGUGGGACCGACUCGAGUGUGUGCUAUGUGCCAUGUACCAUGGAAGUUGGCUCUACAUGAGCAUUUAGAGUUCUGGAAGAAAAAUUCAGUUUGUGAUAUCUUAAUUGGAACUAUUUGUUGUACAUUGUUUCCAAGCCAAAUAUAUGACCGAAGAUGAAUAAAGAAGCCAAAAUUUUAGCUAUUUCA